AUGGAGAUUUUCUUAAUUCCCCAGCUCUUUCUCCACCGCCUCUCCCUGCUGCUGCUGACGGCGCUUAUGGCAGCAGCAGCAGAUGACGACAAUAGCGGCUACGACACCCACGGUGAGAAGCACAAUAGGCAGGCCCGCCCACAAGGGGAACUUGCCAGGCUUGGUCUUGGGCACGAAAACAACAAAACCAUUCUCAUCUGUUACAGGUGCCGUGGCUGUCUCCUCAGGUGUGAACUCGUAGUACUCGCAGAUCCAACUCAGGUACCCGUGAUUACGCUUCUCGUUCACCCACGUUCCAUCUAUCACCAUCUUCGUGAUGGUCUCAUCCUGCACUCAAAGGAAACUUUUUGGCUGAUGUCCCUUCAGGGAGUUGUUGCACAUGCCAGGUAUGGACUGUGUGUGGCCGCUAUUACCAUACACGGUCCCCUUGAAUAA